GACUGGCCAUUCGAUUGGGUGGCGCGGUGCGGGAGCUCUACAUUGUUAUUAUCGUUGUUAUCCGCAGUCGGUUGUCCGUUUCUUCCGUUCGUUGAGGUUCAAUCAAUUUGUUGGGGACCGCCUCACGCCCGAUAAUAAUAAUCCAUCGGCUUUGACAAGUGCGUAUUACGACGACGGGUGCCCAUCCGGGUAACCUAAUGAUAAGUUACAUGUGUUUAAGGUGACCGCGUUAUGGAUGAAUCCCUGAUUAGGCGGAAGCAAACGAUUGGAUGUGUGAUACCUGCGAAGGGUUGGAAUUCCGUUGAGAUGGUGGUGAUCCGGUGACGACCGUUUUGGCCUCGUGCGGUCCAGUUCAGUUUCUCCGGGGGUUUGCGUUGUUCUUGCGCGAAAGUGUGCUGCGUGAAGUGUUUUGUGCUAAGACGAAUCAGAAAAUCGCAACCAUCUCUGGUGAUGGGUUGGAUUCAAGUGAACAGUUAGCGGAUCAUUAAUCACCGCUCCACAUCCAUCCAGCAGCUGAUUAUCUCGAAUUCGGUGGAAGUUGAAGCAGAGUCGAGAUAAGUGAGAUCUGUGCUCUUGUCUUGGGGCCAGUGUUCAGUGCCGACAGAUGGCUUACCUAUCGGAUGUUGACCUUGCUACGCUGCAUAGAUCACGAUUGGAAGAACGAAUCCACUACAAGCUCUCGUCCUGGUGCCAGCAACGAUCAGUUACCGUUGACACAUUCACAGAUCUCGGUCCAACUUCAUACAACUUCGAUAGAACCCGAACGACAUCCCGGCAAAGCUCUCAAUCUACCAUGGAUGAUUUAAUUAACAAUAACAAAUCAUCCAAUUUGUCACGGUCGCCAUACAAAGGCAGCUCAUCGACUCGACUAACGCGAACCACUGCCGCCAGUUCCACCGUCUGCUUCGAGGGCGAGGACAUCCCCUCAUCUUCGAGAUCAAAUUUUCGUUCCAUCCCCCAACAACAACAGCAGCAUCAGCAUCAUCCGCAUCGUGCCGGUGCUGGCAGGCAUCAGUCGAAUGUGCAUGUGAUAAAGCGAAACCGGAAUCGGAGCAGCAACAGCUGUUCUUCGACCGGUACCACGGGCAGCAGCAGUGUUGCCAGCAGCACCAGCUUUAAGCACGUCGAGUGGAGCGAUGAUGAGUAUCUGAACGGGGACGAUGGGUACUUUUCGUCGGAGACGCGCCGCCGGAGGUCCGGCACAUGGCCGCGAACGAGAAGUUUGAACGCACCCUCUCCAUUUCAACAGUUUGGACCAUGUGGGCGGAUUAUGAAAAAUUCGGCAAUGGUGAUGCAAAUUCAAGAUCCCGCCAGCCAACGGCUGACCUGGUACAAACCUCCGCUGGCGGUGCUGGUCAUCAAGAAGGUUCGUGACUCGAAGGUGUUGCAGCCGUUUGUCGAGCUCGUUGAAUGGCUCAUCCACGAAAAGCACAUGGUCGUGUGGGUAGAGGGAGCAAUCCUGGACGAUCCGCUGCUAACGGAGGACAAGCGGUUCCACAAGAUCCAGGACAAGUUGAUAACUUUUAAGGAUGGUCGGGACGAUCUAACGGACAAGAUCGAUUUCAUUAUCUGUCUUGGAGGUGAUGGAACGUUGCUGUAUGCGUCCUUGCUGUUCCAGAAAUCCGUCCCACCGGUGAUGGCGUUCCAUCUGGGGUCUCUUGGGUUUUUGACGCCGUUCCAGUUUGACAAUUUCCAGGAACAGGUUACCAACGUUCUGGAAGGGCACGCUGCCCUAACGUUAAGGAGUCGACUUCGGUGUAUCAUAGUUCGUAAAGACAAAACCGAACAGGAGAUCGCCACCCUCCGGUCGUCUCAGGAUCCUAAUACAAAUAUUUUGGUUCUCAAUGAAGUGGUCAUCGAUCGGGGUCUGUCGUCGUACCUGAGCAACAUCGAUCUGUUCCUGGAUGGGAAGCACAUAACGUCGGUGCAGGGCGAUGGGCUAAUUGUGUCGACCCCGACCGGAAGUACGGCCUAUUCGGCGGCAGCCGGAGCAUCGAUGAUUCACCCCUCGGUGCCAGCCAUCCUGGUGACACCGAUCUGUCCCCACUCGCUCAGCUUCCGGCCCAUUGUGCUGCCCGCUGGGGUGGAGCUGAAGAUUGCGUUAUCUCCCGACAGUAGGAACAGCUCGUGGGUAUCUUUCGACGGCAGGAACCGUCAGGAGUUACUUCAUGGUGAUAGCCUCCACGUGACUACCUCGAUCUACCCGGUACCGAGCAUCUGCGCCCAGGAUCAAAUCUCCGACUGGUUCGAUUCGCUGGCCGAGUGUCUGCACUGGAACGUGCGAAAGCGGCAAAAGUGCCUGGACGAGCUGUCCGAUCUGACCGGAUCCGGAACCGAGGACAGCGCCAUCGAGGAGAUCGAACGGGGCAUCGACAAUCUGGAUACCUGUUAAAUCGCGGAGCAGGAGGAUACAGUUCACGUUCAAGUUCACAUGAGUUACCACCAACAACAGCACUGCUCACUCGAAGAAGCAAAAGUAUCUCGAUAAGUGUGAGAGACUCAAAUAAUCGUUAUGGUGUGAUUCUUACUAAAAUUAUCUCUAUAUUUUGAGGGGAUGAAAAUCUGGGGUCCAGAGACUGUUGAAAACUGCAAAUCACACUUGUUAAAAGGGAAUCAAACAGCGCAAUAAACUCGUACUUUAAUUCAUUAUUAGAUUAGCCUUUUUGGUAGGGAGAGAGUGUUCAAAAUUGCAGGAAAAGAUAUGUACAGAAAAGUUAAGUUUUUAAAAUCGGAUUCGAAUAGCUAAGCAUUCCCGGAAUAUUUCAGUGGAGGAAAUCGUAGAUAAAUUACCUAAGUGAUUUGUUCAUUCCGGAUAUUUUGGAGCCAAGAGAAGCGCGGUGAUAGAAUGUGACACAGGAAAAGGAAAAAAAGUGCUUCGGGAAGUCGGCAAAAAUGCAAUCCAUUUAAUUCAUCAUUGUUCACGUUCAUGUUUGAGCUAGCUCUUAUUAGGCUUAAAGAAGGGUUUAAUCCUAGUUCAUUUUUAGUAAGCAAAAGCGAAUCGGAAAGAGAACAUUCACGACAUAAAGUAAAAAUCACAUUUGAAUGCUUGUUGUGUGAGAGCCACCUCUAAACUUACGAGUGUUUUAUAUGUAAGUAAUGGACUUUGUGUUUUUUAAAAGGAAGUAUCAAUACCUUUUGUACAUGUUUUAGGGAACCAAUAGAAAGGUUCUACCUUUAGAAGUUAAAUUCACUUCUAUUCUAUAUUCAACUUUGAGAGAAAAUAAAAACCAGAAUGCAAUAUUGUGUGGUAGGGAAAUGUUCGAAAGAGGUGAAUGUAUGUGCGUGUGUAUAACCGAAUUUCAAUCAUCAGAAGCAUCCGCAACACUGGAACUGUUGAAUAGUUUAUGUCGUCCUUAUGGAACGCUCUUUUUUUUCUUUUUAAAUUUAUAUCCAAGUAUUUAAAAAUAAAGCUCAGAAAAGCUA